GUCCGCGUAACAUUCGUCGCGUUUACAUAGAGUACGUAGCGGUGACGACGCAUCUAUAUAAGUUGACAAAUGCAUUCUUUUUUUCUUGUUUGCGAAAACAUUCAGCAGGACUACAACGUCUGUGCGAAAUUCAUUGAAUCUCCCAAGCUUCUGUAAAGGCAACUUACGGAGUCAUGGCAGACACUGAAGUAUCUGAAGACAUGAACAACCUUCAGCUCGGGGGGCGGUCAGUGAAGGAUGACUUUCCCAAUCUCAGUCAGCACAACAACCACAUGGCCAGGUUCUUGACCUUGGAAAUGUACAACAAGCUGAGGGAGCACUGUACCCCCAAUGGCUUUACAAUAGAUGAUGUCAUCCAGACAGGCGUGGAUAAUCCAGGCCACCCCUAUAUCAUGACUGUGGGAUGUGUGGCUGGAGACGAGGAGUCAUACGAGGUUUUCAAGGACUUGAUGGACCUUGUGAUUCAGGACCGACAUGGAGGUUACUCACCGACAGACAUGCAUAAAACUGACCUCACGCCUGAGAAUCUUCAGGUCUGGCAGCAUUUUUCGUGGAUGAUGCUGAUGUUGAGAUUUAUCAAAUAUUUCUUGUGCCUCUUUAAGGGCGGCGAUGACCUAGAUGACAACUAUGUUCUGAGCUCCCGUGUCCGAACAGGCCGUAGCAUUCGUGGCUACUGCCUCCCGCCACACUGCAGCCGUGGAGAAAGACGUGCAGUGGAGAGGCUCUCCGUUGAAGCCCUGGAUUCACUAACUGGAGACCUGCAGGGGAAAUACUACGCCUUGAAGAACAUGACUGAGGAGGAGCAGCAGCAGCUGAUUGAUGACCACUUGCUGUUUGACAAGCCAGUGUCCCCUCUGCUGCUGGCCUCGGGGAUGGCCCGUGACUGGCCUGACGGCAGAGGCAUCUGGCACAACGACAACAAGACCUUCUUAGUGUGGGUGAACGAGGAGGACCAUCUGCGAGUGAUCUCCAUGCAGAAAGGCGGCAACAUGAAGGAAGUUUUCACUCGCUUCUGCACCGGACUCUCUGAGUUGGAGUCCUUGUUCAAGGAAAAAGGUGAAGCUUUCAUGUGGAAUGAGCACCUGGGCUACAUCCUGACUUGCCCAUCCAACCUUGGGACUGGACUGCGUGCUGGUGUCCACGUGAAGCUUCCAAUCAUGGGAAAACAUCCUGAUUUUGAAGACAUUCUUAAGAAGCUGAGGCUCCAGAAACGAGGAACUGGUGGUGUAGAUACCGAUGCUGUGGAUGGAGUCUUUGACAUUUCUAAUGCCGACAGACUGGGCUUCUCUGAGGUAGAGCUAGUGCAGAGCGUGGUAAAUGGAGUCAAGGUUCUGGUGGAGAUGGAGAAGAGACUGGAGAUAGGCGAACCCAUUGAUAACCUCAUGCCCAGCACCCAGUGCGUAAAAGAAACGGUCGCGUCUGAGCCUGAGCGGAAAAGGCUGACAGCUGAGGAAGAGUUCCCAGACCUGAGUCAGCACAACAACCACAUGGCCAAGUUCUUAACCCUGGACAUGUACAAAAAACUGAGGGAGCGGACUACAGCUAAUGAUUUUACCAUAGAUGAUGUCAUCCAGACAGGCGUAGAUAAUUCUGGUCACCCUUUUAUCAUGAAGGUUGGCUGUGUGGCUGGAGAUGAAGAGUCAUAUGAGGUCUACAAAGACUUAAUGGACCCCGUCAUUCAGGACAGACAUGGAGGAUACAAACCAACUGACAAGCAAAAAACUGACCUCAACCCAGAAAAACUAAGGGUACAUAAGUAAUUGACUCCAACCACAACAGGGAUGUUUAUCCUGAUUGUCUUUUUGCUCCAGGGGGCCGAGGACCUCGACCCAAACUAUGUUCUGAGUUCCCGUGUUCGCACUGGUCGCAGCAUUCGCGGCUUCUGCCUCCCACCUCAUUGCACCCGCGGAGAGAGACGUGCAUUGGAGAAGCUUUCAGUCGAAGUUCUGGAAUCCAUGACUGGAGACCUGCAGGGGAAAUACUGUGCCGUUAAAGACAUGACAGAAGCCGAGCAGCAGCAGCUAAUUUUUGACCACUUCAUGUUUGACAAACCAGUUUCUCCUCUGUUGCUGUCAACUGGGAUGGCCCGUGACUGGCCUGAUGGCAGAGGCCUUUGGCAUAACGAAAACAAGACGUUCCUGGUGUGGGUGAACGAGGAGGACCAUUUGAGAGUGAUCUCCAUGCAGAAAGGAGGCAACAUGAAAGAAGUGUUCACUCGCUUGUGCAAUGGAAUCACUCAGAUGGAGUCAUUGUACAGGAAGAAAGGUCAUGUUUUCAUGUGGAACGAGCACCUGGGCUACAUCUUGACUUCCCCGGCUACUUUGGGAACCGGACUGCGUGCUAGUGUCCACGUGAAGCUACCAAACCUGAACAAGCAUCCUGAGUUUGAUGAGGUUCUUAAGAGGCUGAGGCUCCAGAAACGUGGAACGGGUGGCGAGGACACUGCUGUUGUGGAUGCAGUCUUUGACAUCUCAAACAUCGACAGACUGGGUUUCACUGAAGUAAGGCUGGUCCAGAUCCUUGUUGAUGGGAUCAGGGUGCUUGUGGAGAUGGAGAAGAGGCUGGAAAUGGAUGAAUCCAUCGACGACCUGAUGCCCAGCAAUAUUGAAUUGAAGGGGCUGACGGUGAAGGAUGAGUUCCCGGAUCUGAGUCAGCACAACAACCACAUGGCCAAAGUCUUAACCCUGGAAAUGUAUAAAAAGCUCAAGGAUCGUACAACUCCAAAUGGUUUCACCGUAGAUGAUGUCAUUCAGACCGGCGUGGAUAAUCCAGGUCACCCCUUCAUCAUGACUGUGGGCUGUGUUGCUGGAGAUGAGGAGUCAUAUGAGGUCUUCGGGGAACUGCUGAACUCCGUCAUUGAGGCUAGACAUAAAGGUUACAAAGCCAAAAACAGUCACAAGACAGACCUCAACCCAGAUAAUCUGCAGGGUGGUGAUGAUCUGGAUCCUGAGUAUGUUCUGAGCUGCAGAGUCCGAACAGGUCGCAGCAUUCGAGGAUUUUGCCUCCCGCCACUGUGCAGUCGUGGAGAGAGACGCGCUUUGGAGAAGCUCCUUGCUGAAACCCUGCAGUCAUUAACUGGAGACCUGCAAGGGACAUACCACGCCUUGAAAAACAUGGCUGAGGAGGAGCAGCAAAAGCUGAUUGAUGACCACUUGCUAUUUGACAAGCCGGUGUCCCCUCUGCUGCUGGCCUCGGGGAUGGCCCGUGACUGGCCUGACGGCAGAGGCAUCUGGCACAAUGAGAGCAAGACAUUCCUGGUGUGGGUAAACGAGGAGGACCAUAUGCGAGUGAUCUCCAUGCAACAAGGAAACGACAUGAAGGAAGUGUUCACCCGCUUCUGUAGAGGUCUCACUGAGAUUGAGUCCCUGAUUAAGAAUAAAGGUGAAGCGUUCAUGUGGAAUGAGCACCUGGGCUACAUCUUAACUUGCCCGUCAAAUCUCGGGACUGGCUUACGUGCAGGCGUCCAUGUGAAGCUUCCAAUCAUGAGCAAGCACCCUGAGUUUGAAGAAGUUCUAAGGAGGUUGAAGCUCCAGAAACGUGGAACUGGCGGCGUGGACACCGAUGCCGUUGAUGGUGUCUUCGACAUCUCAAAUGCCGACAGACUGGGCUUCUCUGAGGUGCAGCUGGUGCAGAUGGUGGUGGAUGGUGUUAAGCUUCUGGUGGAGAUGGAAAAGAGGCUAGCACAGGAGGAGUCAAUCGAUGAUCUAAUGCCGGCCAACCUUGAGCUCAACGUGUUUUCGGCAAAGCAAGAAUACCCGGAUCUCAGUCAGCACAACAACCAUAUUGCAAAGUUCCUGACCUUGGACAUGUACCAAGUGCUGAGGCAGCGUUGUACCCCCAAUGGCUUCACUAUCGAUGAUGUCAUCCAGACAGGCGUGGACAAUCCAGGUCACCCAUAUAUCAUGACUGUGGGAUGUGUGGCUGGAGAUGAGGAAUCUUACAAAGUCUUCAAAGAGCUCAUGGACCUUGUGAUUGAGGACAGACAUGGAGGUUACAAACCAACAGAUAUCCACAAGACCAACCUCAACCCAGACCACCUGAGGGUAAAGUAAUUUUAUCAGAAUAAUCCGAUUGAUCUAAAAUACAUAAUUUGAUCUCAGGGAGGUGAUGACCUUGAUCCUAAAUAUGUUCUGAGCUCCCGUGUCCGAACGGGACGCAGCAUCCGUGGCUUCUGUCUGCCACCACUCUGCAGUCGUGGAGAGAGACGUGCUUUGGAGCAGCUCUGCACUGGAGCUCUUGAAUCACUUAGUGGAGAUCUGCAAGGGAAAUACUACGCCUUGAAGAACAUGACCGAAGAUGAACAACAGGCUCUAAUAAAUGACCACUUCCUGUUUGACAAACCGGUGUCCCCUCUGCUGCUAGCCUCAGGGAUGGCGCGUGACUGGCCCGACGGCAGAGGCAUCUGGCACAAUGACAAUAAGACCUUCUUAGUGUGGGUGAACGAGGAGGACCAUCUGCGAGUGAUUUCAAUGGAAAAAGGCGGCAACAUGAAGGAAGUUUUCACUCGCUUCUGCACCGGACUCACUGAGAUUGAGUCCGCCAUUAAGGCGAAAGGUGAAGCAUUCAUGUGGAAUGAGCACCUGGGCUACAUCCUGACUUGCCCGUCCAACCUUGGGACCGGAUUGCGUGCUGGAGUCCACGUGAAGCUACCAUUCAUGAGCAAGCACCCCAAGUUCGAGGACAUUCUUAAGAAACUGAGGCUCCAGAAACGUGGAACUGGUGGUGUGGACACAGCUGCUGUGGAUGGAGUCUUUGACAUUUCCAACACUGACAGACUGGGAUUCUCUGAGGUACAGCUAGUCCAGAUCGUAGUCGAUGGUGUAAAGCUCCUGGUGGAGAUGGAGAAAAAACUGGAAAAGGGUGGCUCCAUCGAUAGAUUGAUGCCUGGCAAACUUAAAAUGAAGAAUCUUCCAGCUGAGAAAGAACUGCCAGAUCUCAGUAUGCAUAACAGCCACAUGGCCAAGGUCUUAACGCUGGACGUAUACAAGACACUGAAGGAGCGGAAAACCUCUUUCGGCUUCACCAUAGACCGCGUCAUUCAGUCAGGUGUAGACAAUCCAGGGAACCCUUUCACCAUGACGAUGGGCUGUGUGGCUGGAGAUGAAGAUUCCUAUGAGGUGUUCAAAGAGCUUUUUGACCCCGUGAUUGAAGACAAACAUAGAGGCUAUAAGCCAACAGACAUGCACAAGACUGACCUCAACCCAGACGGCCUGGUGGGCGGCGAUGACCUUGAUCCAAACUAUGUUCUGAUUUCUCGUGUCCGAGCGAUUCGCAGCAUUCGUGACUUUUGUUUCCCGGCUCAAUGCACUCGUGGAGAAAGACGUCUUGUAGAGAAGCUCUCAAUCGAAGUUCUGAAUUCUCUUACUGGAGACCUGCAAGGGAAAUAUUACUCCUUGAAGAACAUGUCAGAAGAAGAGCAGCAGCAGAUGAUUGAGCAGCACUUACUGUUUCCUAAACCAGUGUGUCCUCUGCUGCUGGCCUCUGGGAUUGCACGUGACUGGCCUGAUGGCAGAGGCAUCUGGCACAACAGCAGCAAGACAUUUUCUGUGUGGGUGAAUGAAGAGGAUCAUCUCAAACUGAUGUCCGUUGAGAAAGGUGGCAACAUGAAGGCAGCAUUUUCCUGCUUCUGUUGCGGAAUCAAAGAGGUGGAAUCUGCUUUCAAGGAGAAAGGCCAUGCAUUCAUGUGGAAUGAGCACUUGGGCUUCAUGAUGUCCUGCCCAUCCAACCUGGGCACUGGUCUGCGUGCUGGUGUGCAUAUUAAACUACCAAACUUGGGAAAUCAUCCUAACUUUGAUGAGAUUCUGAAAAGGCUGAGGCUUGAGAAACGCAGAACUGGUGGUGCGGACACUGAUGCCGAUGCUGUCUUUGACAUCUCAAACGCUGACCGACUGGGUGUCUCAGAGGUGCAGCUUCUGCAGAUGGUGGUUGAUGGUGUUAAGCUGCUGGUGGAGAUGGAGAAAAAGCUGGAGAUGGAAGAAUCUAUUGAUGACAUGAUGCCCACCCAGAAAUAGAGCCAGCACUCCCAUUUUAGAGUCUUGUGUUGAAAUACUGUACUGUUUAGGUGGGUCUGAAAUAAAAAGGUCUAUGACAA